AUGGUGGGCCUGCACGUGUGCACCACCUUUCUGUUGCUCGUGCGAGGUGCGACCCUUCCAGGUGCUAUGAGCGGCCUCAGCAUACUGCUCUCCUUUGAUUGGAGCUACGUAGUCAAUCUCGAGAUGUGGUGCCACGCACUGUAUGUGUCCCUCGAGAGUUUCGGCGUCACCGGCUCCAUUUAUCUGGGCAUCGUGCGGUUCAACAACUUCAAGAACGACUACCACCGCGACGUGAACUUCGUGUUGGUCGCGGACACGGCUACCAAGGGACUUCGUAUGGCCAUCACGUUCAUGUUCCUGGGUCAUCUCGCCUCCAGCGUCGGCAUCGACACUCGCAUGCUUGUCGGCAUCGAGUCGCAGCUCAUUGUCAGCGCAAUGCCCGAGGCCAUGAGCGUGGUGCCAUACCAGGAACUGUGGAGCCAGGUUCACUCGCUUUGGCUGCUCUCGACGAUGCUCCCUAAGUUUCCGGGCGCACGACCGUCGUCUAAGAAGCCUGCCGAGUCCUCCAGCGACUCCAGCUCAUCAUCAAGCACCGAGUUCCUGGGUUCUGCCUUUGUGGUGGCCAGCGACCGCCUGUUCGUCCAGCCAGGAUCGGACACCCUACGCAGAUCGCGCAAACCAAAGCCCGCCGCCCCCAGUGGUGUGGCCUCGCUGUCCGGCACGGUGCACGUGUCCCGACACCUGAGCUCGGUGCGACGGUCGGGGAUUCGCGAGAGAGACGUGGCUGAAGCGGAGGAUUGGGCUGACAAGCAGGAUGGGAUGUAUGUGGCUUCGAUCAGUGCAGUCCGCGAGGGACUCGAGCCGUCUCAGAUGGUUGUGCAGAGCCAUCCGGCGAUUGAGGAGGUUGCGGAGGUACCUGAAGUCGCAAUUCCUGCUUCUACCGCUUCUGCCGAACAGCAGCAGAAAAUCAGGAGCCCGGAACGGAGCCCGGAACGGAGCCCGGAACGGAGCCCGGAACGGAGCGCAGCGCCAAGAGAGCCGGGCGCACGACCGUCGUCUAAGAAGCCUGCCGAGUCCUCCAGCGACUCCAGCUCAUCAUCAAGCACCGAGUUCCUGGGUUCUGCCUUUGUGGUGGCCAGCGACCGCCUGUUCGUCCAGCCAGGAUCGGACACCCUACGCAGAUCGCGCAAACCAAAGCCCGCCGCCCCCAGUGGUGUGGCCUCGCUGUCCGGCACGGUGCACGUGUCCCGACACCUGAGCUCGGUGCGACGGUCGGGGAUUCGCGAGAGAGACGUGGCUGAAGCGGAGGAUUGGGCUGACAAGCAGGAUGGGAUGUAUGUGGCUUCGAUCAGUGCAGUCCGCGAGGGACUCGAGCCGUCUCAGAUGGUUGUGCAGAGCCAUCCGGCGAUUGAGGAGGUUGCGGAGGUACCUGAAGUCGCAAUUCCUGCUUCUACCGCUUCUGCCGAACAGCAGCAGAAAAUCAGGAGCCCGGAACGGAGCCCGGAACGGAGCCCGGAACGGAGCGCAGCGCCAAGAGAGGUUCAGCAAGCCUGCGAAGGUCAAGGCGAACGUCAAUAUGCCGACGUGCGUCCUUUAGAGCAAGAGACUGUGCCGGAACCUGCUGACAUACAGCCCGCCAUCGAAGAUGGAGGCGCCGAUGCCUGCGCCCGAAAAACAGCUCCUGAAGUAGACCUGGCGCAAGCUGCAAGUUGCGAAGCACAGCGACAGAGUGAAAUAGUUCACGAAGGUCAACUCGCACUUCCGCAAAAAGCGAAUCAUGACGGAGAAAUGUCUGAGAAACUCGUUUCUCAGGGCGCCGAAUCGCCUGGGGCUGUUGAAUCUACGCAACUGGACCACAAGGCGGCCAAAGGUGCCAGAUUACCUGAGGCUGCAGACGACAAAGAAAAGGCAGCCCAAGCGCCAUCCUCUGCGGUUUCGAUGAAACCUCGACUCAGCGUGGAGGAAAUGCUCAUGCAAAAUAAGGCCUUGCCGUUUUCUCCUAGUGACGGAGGUCUACUAAGCGACUUGCACAUCAGGGUUUUGGGAGCACCGGCUGCUCCCGGCGCCGUGGCGGCAAUGCCAGGACAGGAUGAAGCCACAGGAGGAAAGCAAGUGGUGAAUGCGACGGCGGCAGAAAAGCCAGAAAGGAAAGGGUCGUUGGAACAACCACAAAAACAAGCAGAAGCUGGAAAGAGAGAGCUCAGUGAUCUAAGAAGUGGGGAGCGACCUUCCAAAGCAAAACUAGCGUCCCCAGCAAAGGGAACCACGCCCAAGCACCGUCAUCCUAAGCGCCACAAGGCUAAACAUCUUGCAGACAAGGUUACUCCGGCUGGUGAACGCCCGCUGGCUGAGGAUAGAGGCGGCCACCCCAGACAGGAAGCCAACAGAAAAAUCGAGAACGCCCCUGAGCAGGAUCAUGGACUUUCGGAGAAAUUGGGAGAACGUGUAGAAAAGCACGUGCCCGAGGAACCAGGUUUUAAGGGAGCCGAUACGUCUAGAGCUCCUUCUCCUCCUCCCCAUCGCAGGGAUGGGGCCAGGCUGGCUCAAGCAGCAGAAGAGAAAAACGUUAUCGAUCAAGAACAUGGGCAAGCGAACGCGGCUUCCAAGAAACCUCGUUUGAGCGUGCAGGAAAUGCUCCUGCAAAAUAAGGCUCUCCCGAUUUCCCCCACCGAGGGAGGUAUUCUUAGCGACAUGUACAUUCGCGUGUCUGGGGCACCGCCUCCCCGAGGCCCUACGGUGCCAGGGCAGGAAGGUGUUUCACGCACAAAGCCUCCAGUGGGAGUGGGAGAGUUGAAAGACGUGGCAGAGAAGAGAGAGCAAGUUCCAGAUGGAGGGCAACAACAGCAAGGAUUGCGGGAAGCUGGUGAUCCAAAGGCCAAGGCGCUGGCGGCAGCAAGCAGUGAGCAGCCUGGUGAGGUGUCACCGAGACUACUCUCCACCACAAAAAACAUAUCACCGGUCUCAUCGAAACCUCAUCGAGCUAAACAUCAGAAGAAGCGCGCACAGGACAAGGAUGCAGAUCAGCGUCGGAAGCCAGCUUCUGGCGGACUAGUGAUUUUUGAUUCGCAUGCACGAGAUACGAGGUCGCCUACAAUGGCAGAGAACACCCAUCAAAGAGCACGAGGUUUGGUGGACUCCUCCAGGGUUGCUCAAGAGCAUUUUGCCGACGCUGCAGAAGCUAAACCAAGAACAGUAGGGCAAGACGCGCGGUGCAAGGUGUCUUCCAAGUCACCGGACUCUCCUGGGAAAAUUUCCGCGGCUCACGUUCGAACCUCACCAGAGAAAUCGCCGGGGAGAAUUGUACUCGCCCAAGAUUCCCAAAAACCCGCCCAGAGCACCUCGCCGUCACAUACUACCGGGAAGCCUUCCGUAGCGCCCACCACUGCAAACAAGAAGGCAGUGGAAGGGGCGCAAGAACACGGGGCUCCCAAAGAGGCAUUGGCGGCUGGAAAACCCGGGACAACAGCAGUUUUAAUUGGGACGGAAGCACCAGCUGUCCAACAAGUGCAUCCGUCACGAGCUGCUCCUUCUUCGCCGCCUAAAGCGCAAAAAGAAGGCAAGAAGAAGCAGCAUCAGAAGGGAAAAAAGCGGAACAGGGAAAGAGUCGGGGUGCUUCUCCGUUGCCUGUGGUCCUUAUGCCGGCCCCCUUUGCACAGACUUCUGCGCAAGCCAACACGCCGAGGAAGUGACGUUUUCGUCUACCGCUUCGCAAAAACGUACUUCGAAUGCCCCGCGAGAUAA